AUGCAUCAUGGGCGUCACUUGGAUUCAUUGCAUAUAAACAUGAAUAACAAAUACUAUCAUGAUGGCAGCUAUCAUGGGUCAUUCAAUUCUUCAAAAGGCUUAUCGUCCCAGAAUUUGCCAUCUUACAAACGAUCAAGAUCAAAGUCUCAAGAACGUUCCUCCAGAUCUUCUUAUUAUGAUUCUGGAAAUGAGAGUUAUGGCCAAAUUCCUCCACCUUGUGUAGGGAUGCCUCCCUGUGUUCCAUUUCUUCCCAGGCAGCAACCUCCUUUUUUGACCCCUAAUGUUUAUGCAAAUGUACAGCCACCCCAUUUUGAUUAUGGUCUCUAUAGUCGAAAUCUUUAUUAUGAUAGUGCUAACUCUCUUGCCUCUACGUCUCCACAGUCACCAAGUAUCCUAUCUAAUCCAACUGUCACUCCUUUGGUGGUUCCAAAGUCAGAUCCCCCUGUCCCGUGUGCCACUGCAUCAGCCUCUUUACCAGGUUUCUCACGAAGAGAUGAUCGCUCACCUCACUCAUUCAAGAGACACUGUUCACCAAAAGUUGCUAGCUGGUCUCCUGAACGGGAAUGGUCACCAAGAAAGAGUCAAUCACCUCCUCCAAGAAGAGACUGGUCACCUCUAUCUCCAAGAAAGAACCAUAGACAAUCCUUUCGCUCUAGAAGAAGCAAAGACAGAUCCCCACGCUCUCGAAAGGAUCGAUUAAAACGAGAUAGGUCACCAUUGCAUCACAGUCAUUCUACAGUGUCACAAAGGCCAAGGUCCCCUCCCUGUUUGUCUGAUAAGAAAAUGCCUCCAUUUCCUCUGCGAAAGUCAUCUUUUUUGCAAGAAAGUUUCUCAGAUAGGAGAAAGAUGACAGAUGAUGAGGAUGAAAGUAAAUUCCCAGAGGAUCAACCUGGCACCCAAAAAAUGAAUUUUGAAUAUUUUGACCCCGGAAAUCAUUGGUGCCGCCAUUGUAAUCUUGUAGUUGGAAAUAUUUAUGAACUUUUCCAACAUCUUCAAUCUAAGAAACAUAAAGCAAAACUGGAUCAUUAUGACCGUCCUUGGUUGCCAGAAUCAGUUAGUAACCCAAGCAACAAGCCUAAAUAUGGUCAAGUACAAAUGGCUCCCAUCAAAGGUGUCGAGUUUCUUAUGUCAACAAAUGCAUUCUAUUGCACUUUGUGCAAAGAAUUUUCUGGAGAUGUUCUCAGUGCAGAAGCACAUUUGAAAAGUGGUGGCCAUAAUAUGACAUAUCAGAAAUAUAUACAAAACAACCCAUAUUAUGAGAAGCGCUUAAAUCUUGAUAAAGCUGCUGGUCUUCAGUUCUUCACUUCAGAGAAAAAUGAACAAAGAAAAAAUAUCGAUGAUAGUGACAAUGAAGAUGGCCGAGAAUCUCCAAAAAGGAAUCGGCGGGAAAUCAAAGAAAAGACAGUUGAGGAACCCACUCCUGAAGUUUCGACCAAAGAAGAAACCAAAAUAGUGGCAACAGCCCAGAAAGAGGAAAGCCUAGAAAAUUCUAAAGAAUCUGUUGAAGAAAAUCAUGAUAAAGAUUGCGAAAAUAUUAUACUUCCAAAUCUGGAUAAAGAUGAUUCCAUUAAAUCUGCUCUUGAUGAGUUGCCUAUGAAAGAGAAAACAGCUUAUCAAUCACUGCAAGGUGUCCAGAAGACAAAAAUUGCUAUCAAACUAACUGGAAAGACAGGAAUCAAGCCAGCCCAGUAUCCAGUGAUGCCACCUUGGAUCCCCGUAGGGAAGAUGCCUGGUCGAGGGAAGGGUCGUGCUCUCAAAUCAGGUGUUGGCAAAAAAUUAAACUCUAAAGAAAUUGAGAAACCCUUAUCACUAGAUGACUUUUUAACAUCCAGUAAUGAGGGCAACAUCCCGGUUUUGUCAGAGAGUGAGCCAGAACCUACUGCAAGUUCUCAAUCAACUACUGGCAACACUGAAAUGAAAAAACUCCAAAAUGGCAAAAAGGUUACCGAAGAUGAUAUUGCUAAUGUUUCAAUUGUUUAUGGUCCAGUUGCAGAAGCAAAGGACACAAAAACAAAGCCAUCUUUAGGGCUUGAUCAACCCCCAUUACCAGCAGGCCCCCAUUCAUCACUUUCUAAUUCAAUACCAUCAAAAACAUCUGAACAGUCCAAAGAGGAAAAUCAUUUGGUCACUUUUCAACAUCCACCUCCUCCGCCUUGUUAUCCACUCCAACACUCACCACUCCCAGUAGAGCAAGAGUUCAAUUUUUCCCAGUCGACUAGAAUAAAUGAAGACAAGUGUUCAGAUCCAAAUGAACCUCCUACUUUAGUUAUUGGCCCUCAUCUCCCUCUUCAUAUGCCUUACUCAAGCACAUCUUUGGUUAGCAAACAUCCCAGUGCUAAAUCCCAAGGAUGGACACAAGAGGAUCUAGAUGACAUGAAACUCUUGGGGAUUGACCCUGCCUCCCAAGUACCCAUGGCAGAGAUCCGACCACCACCACUGCCACCCUUGCUUCAUCGGCAAAGCAAUGAAACUGAAACAAAAAAGAGGAAUGAAAAUUCUGCUACAGAUGAUCAAAAUACAAAUUUGUUGAAUAAGAAUUGUACAGCUUCUGAUUUUUCUACUGAUGAUAAAGCUGUGGCUAAAGAAGAAUUUUCACUAGAAAAUACCCAAACAUCAGUUCUUCCAUCUGAUUUAUCUGAGCCUAAAACAACUGUCAAAGAAAAUGAUAAAAAUACUCCCUCUUCAACUGAGAGCCAAGAACUAUCAGAAAACAUUAAGCUUGAUGCAAAUCUUUCUUUGCCCAAAACUGAAGAAAUCAUUUUACCUAAGAGUCCUGAAAAGAAAGUUAACUUUUCAAUCAAGACUGACAGCACAAAUGAAGUCAUUACAGAAACUUUGUCAAAACCACCAGAUAUUGUUAAAGAGGCUGAAUCGAUCCCUAUUAAAGAAAAAUCUAUUUCUCACUCCGAAGUGAGAGUAACAGAAUCAAAAGAAAAGAAAAGUAGCUCAAUUUCAAUUGCCAAAAGUGUUUCUGCCAGUGCUACUUUGUCAGGAAUAUCUGAUGUCUCCAGUCUAAAACUCCAACCUACCAUUUCAUUAGUCCCACUUCCUGCCUCACUGGACAUGGCUCUCUCUAGUGACUGGGAAGUUCCACUACCCAGCAGAUCAGAUGUUUUGAUCCGCGAAUCAGAACACAAUUAUGCACUUCGACUGAUGGAGAAUUCGGAUCAUGUAAGGCCCCGCAGAAAUCAUAUCCAGAUGCAUAACAACAACAACAAUGAUGACGACGAUGACGACGACGAUGAUGAUGAUGAUGAUGCACCUAACUGGAAGGAUCGAUCACUAAAAAUCAAGCCAAAUAUUUUGAAUAAUAAGUCACAUGAUGACGAAGACAAGAGUGAGCUGAACUCAUCUUCAGAUAGUGAUUCUGAAGUUUCAUCUGCAUCUCAUGAUCCGUCUCGAUGUCUGGACAGUGAUGACUCCACAUCUCCUCCUGUUCUAACCCAUGAGCGAGAACAAAACAACCUGAUUGCCAAGCAUGACCUUAAUAGCCAUGAUUCCCCUCCUUCUCUGUCAGCUGAGACACCUUGUCUUGCUAGAAACGUUGCCCUCCCUUGUCCUUCCACUGUAAUGCCAGUUACCUUGAUUUGCUCGUCCAAAUGUGACAGUAGUGCCCUCUUUUCCACUGCUGAACCCUUAUGCAUUGACUCUACACCUAUAUUGGAUAACAGCAUGUCUAUCUUGAACUUUGACUCGGUAGUCAGGAACCGUGCAACAAAAAGCACAACACGAGGACGACCUGCUAAGAAGCAGGCUGCUGGCAGCAAAUCAAGCGGUCGAGGAACUAAAAAAGCAACAACUAUGAAAAAGAAAACCCUACCAGAACCAAAACCACGUACACCAGCUCGAAAAUCCAACCAACCAGAGUUAAAUUUGUUAAGUGGAAAUAAACUUGAACAAGAGAAAAUCAUUGUAAAGGUGACCUCUCACACUUCGGAAGGUGUCCCUGUGAUAAGCCUCACUGCUGCUUCAACUGGAGCAAAUAGCUCUGAGCCAUCCACUUUGCCAAUCACUACCUCUUCUUCAACAUCAACGGUCACUAUAUCAUCUGAGAUGGAAACUGGGGAUACGUCCCUAGUAGAAGCUGCUGCUAAGAAGGCAGAAACCCUACCCAAAAUGUUUAUGCCUACUGUUGUACUUCAUGACAUCAAGUAUACAAUGGGCCGGGAUCUGUCCCAGAUGACAGCUAUUCCAGCCUCAAUUGAGAACAUUCCAAUUUUUGAAUCUGAAAAUGAAUCUGACAAUGAUGUCAAGUCAGAUUCACCUAAAAAGUCAGGAGACACUUCACAACGCCCACUGGAAAUUGAAUCUCCUUCAAAAUCCACUGAGGCAUUUGACCCUUAUAUAUUUCUUAACAGACCAACAAAGCUGUCAGCGCCGUCCACUAGUAGUUGUACAAAUCAUAAUAGUAGCAACAUAACUGGUAGUAGUACCCACUUAAUUGGUGAAGCUUCUUCCCUUACCAGUAUAGCAGCUGGUGGAACAAGUUCAACGGGACGAGUGACUGCAGACUCUUUGCCGUCUCUUGAUCAUCGUUCAAUGGUUAGCAGUAUGUUUGAUGUAUCUGAUUCUAAAUAUGCUUUCCCGGACGUUUUCUUAGAGAAUGGUGAACCAGAGAGCUCAAUGAAAUUGUCAACCAUUGAUGUACUAGGACCUGAAUUACCAUUUGAAACCUCUGGUAAGAGCAGCAUUUCUCUCGGUUUGGACAUCCUCACUGAUUUUUACCCCAACACUGGUAAUGAAGAAACUGGUUAG